GAACUAAAGCUUCGAAAUCCUGAAACAGAGUUUGUUUGAACAACGGCAGAGCCUUGAAACAGAGUCCAACUGUUGCCUGGACCAUGCUGUGUUUGAACAGCUGCAGAGCCCACCAAACAUGGGCGGAUGAUGUGGUGCUAUUAAGCAUUCCUCGAUUCAAGAAUGAUUCUUCAACAUUGACCGAUGAAAUUCAAGAAUCUACAUUGAUACCAUUGCCCGGUGGUGCUAUAGGGCCGGAGAGCUUCUCUUUUGAUGGGAACGGUGACGGGCCCUACACCGGGGUAUCCGAUGGGAGGAUAAUCCGAUGGCGGGCGAACGAAAGCCAGUGGGUUGAUUUCGCCGUGACGUCUCCUAUGAGAGAUGGUUGUGAGGGUCCUCAUGACCACUCCCAGAAGGAGCACAUUUGUGGGAGGCCAUUGGGCCUGCGUUUCAAUGAGAAGACGGGAGAUCUCUACAUUACGGACGCAUAUAUGGGCCUUCUCGUUGUGGGCCCAAAUGGUGGGCUGGCCAGCCCACUGGCCCAACAACUGGAUGGACUUGCCUUCGGGUUCACCAACUCUUUGGACAUUGAUCACAACACUGGGGUUGUGUAUUUCACGGACAGCAGUACCAGGUUUCCAAGGAGGAAUUAUGUUUCGGUGAUUAUUAGCGGUGACGAUACGGGAAGGCUGAUGAAAUUCGAUCCCAGAACCAAGAAAACGACUCUUCUCCUAAACAAUCUCAAGUUUCCAAACGGGGUAGCGCUAAGCAAAAAUGGGGAUUUUUUAUUGUUUGUGGAGACCACAACUUGCAGAUUGUUUAAGUUUUGGCUUAAGCCACCAAAGGCUGGGAAUGUCGAGGUCUUAGCCCAGCUUCCUGGAUUCCCGGAUAACGUAAAACGGAACAGCAUCGGAGAAUUUUGGGUGGGAAUCAAUUCCAAGAGGGGAAAACUCCUGGAAUGGAUUGUAUCGAAUUCUUGGAUUGGGAAUGGUUUGAUUAGAGUGUCUCCGGUGGAUGUUACGAAGGUUCAUUCGUGUUUGGGUGGUUUGAUUGGAGGGAUGGGAAUGGGAAUUAGGUUAGAUGGGGAUGGGAAUGGCUAA